AUGAGUUCUUCUCAACCUUCGACACGUUCUGUGUCAACAAGCAAGCCCCAAACUUCGCCAGCUCUUUCUGCGUCUUCGCCUUCUCCCACCCUUCCAGCUGGUUGGAUCAAGCAAUACGACCCUGCAUCACAACGGCAUUUCUAUGUCGAUACAACCGUCCCUCGUUCAACGUGGUCUCAUCCAUACGAAGACGAGCAAUAUAUUCGCGAGCAUGGCCACUCACACGCAAAGCAGCAUAAUAGCAUCCGCCGCCACAGCUCAGCCAGUCAGGGAAUCGCGUCACCAGUCAUUGUUGCUCACCAGCAACAACAAAAGCCGCAACACCACCAUCACCACCACCGUCGCGAUUGCCCUCCAGAUGAACCGCAAGAGCCUGCCCGCAAGAAAGCUAGGUUGAGUAUUCACUCGCCCGAGAAUUUCCAGUCGCCUGGCACCCCGAGAGAGGAUCUCACGCGCGAGUUCGAAGGCUUAUUACGACGCGACUUUUCCUUCGCCGGUCAAUACUGCCAUGCGGCCACAAUGACUUCGGCUGCGAACCCCGGGCUCAGUAUCAAGGGUAUUGGUGUGGUGGGGCUUCCGCUCAGCGACCGUGACGCGGACCUUGUUCGUCAAGUCAUAUCUCCAUCAUCGACCCCAGACCAGACUGUCGGAAAUGCCUGGGAGUUGGGAGCGCAAUUGAUUGAAUGUAUGAAUCCUGCCUGGUCUGCGUACCUGGAGGAGGUGGUUUUGAAGGACAUAUGGCGGAAACUGACGCCACAUGCGAGUGGUUUGCGGCUCAAGCUUCAGAGUUUGAUUUUAUGGGAGCAAUCGCACAAUCCUAUGUUAUACGAGUGUACUCAAUCUCAACAAUCAGACUCGACCGAAUUUGCCAGCGUUCAUGUCAUUCUCCCAUCCACGUACACUGGAGGACACGUACAGCUCUCUUUCGCCAGUUCUUCCGAGCAUUAUGAUUUGUCGCCAACAUCAAGUUUCUCGACUUCUUUCGUGGCAUGGUAUCACGGUGUCGAAUGCCAAAUCAAGCCCAUCGAAUCAGGUCGCCGAUUGGCCCUGUCUUACCGUUUGGUGGUCUCAGAGGGGCCGCGGCCAACGCUUCCCGUGAUGACCGACAAGCUACAAGAUCUCCGUCGUUUUCUUCGCAAAUGGUCGAAUUUCCAAGAGUACGAGCCGGAUAGCGUUCCUACCAUUAUCGCCUAUACGCUUGCCUACGAAUAUCAUGACGACGAUCUUCGUGGUGACACUCUCAAACUUGAAGAUCGACACAAAAUUAUCCAUCUCAAGUCGCUUUGUGAUGAGCUUGGCUUCCAGCUUGGGCUCGCUACCCUCGAUGACCACUUGAUUGGCACCGCAGACGAAUCAGCAAGUCGGGAUGCCCAAGGGCGACCGAAGCGAAUGCUGCGCGUUAACAAUCGACGUCUUAACAUCAAGGAGGUAUACGACUUUGACGGUUUGCCCAUCCAGGGCAUGGCAAAGCUCGAACUGGAGGAGGGAGAUUUGGUGCCGCCCCCAGAGUCUGCGCCUGACUUGGUCGUGUAUGACGCGAAAAACCCGCAUGUCAUCGAAUUUCACCACUCUCGCACGGUGAUCGUGAUAUUCGAGAAACGACGGACGGUGGAAAUGCUACUUCACACUCGAAAGACGCCUUACGCGCUGGAGAGGCUGCACAAUGUCGACCGUCGCAACUCUUCACUCAUCGAGCGAAAAAUCGUGUCCUACGUUUUGUCCUCCCUCUAUCACCAACAGCCAUACAACUUCGAUGCCCAGGCCAGGCUGGCGGAGAUCUCUCUUGGCUGGCACGACGCCAAGUUGUGGAACGAGACUGCUCGUAGUUCAGUGGCGCAUGGGCCGAUGCUGGCUUCUCUUGACCAAAUUCGAUGGCUCGAUGCUUGGAAGCAGUUCACUUUCUCACGGAUCCGUGAGAGCAUCGAGCAGAUCUGGGAAAAGAAGGGGGCACACAAAGGACUCGAGUUCUACCUCGUUGCCGACCCGGACAUAUAUGCCCGGGUGGCCGACAACAGCAAUGCGCUGGAGGAGAUCCGGCAUUGGUCAGGUGAUCAACUUCAGCGCUGUUUGGAUGGCCUGCAGAACCUGGAGCGCGAGCAUGUCCCGCUUUUCAUCAGCGCCAUACGCAAAAAGGGCAUCAUGUUCUUCUGGGAAAUAAUUAUGCGAGCAAUAAUCCGUGUACCCAACGCGUACGAGUUCUGGCUCGACUUUCUUGGCUCGCUCUACACUCUGCGCCUUGAAAUGCUGCCGAAAGAACACGACUCGAAGAAGUUUAACGAAAUCACUGACGAAGGACUCGAUUCGAUACUCAGCGACUUUGGCAUGGUGGUCAGGUCGGGCAACAUUCCCUUGCGCGGGCAACGGCUUUCGGAGAUCAUCGGGCUUUGCCUCUCGAUUCGACGACUCGAUAUGUGCCGACGAGUGCUGUUCAUGACCGUCCCGCGCGACCAGAGCGAGGAAUGGAUCCCCGUGGUGACCAGUCCUGGUUAUGUGCCCCAAUUGCGGCGGACUUUGCAUGAACACGGGAUGGAAGUGUACCACAAGCCAUUCUGCGACUUCUUCAGCGCGGCCAUCGGGUGUUUCCUCCACUUUGUUGUCGGGGCCUACAGCAAUUCAACCCGCAAAAUAUGCGGCUCCUGCACUGUUUGCUCGGCGCUCGAUGACUUCCUGGUCUCUCCGAAUCUUACCCAGGCUCAUUUUGUUGGGACCAAGUCGCAGGCGGAGCACCUCGAGGCGCAUUUGGUGCCGAACCCCGAUGUGGCCAGCUUCCACUCUUACACCGACACGAAUGCUGGCACGAUCACCGUUGUCAGCAAGCUGCGCAACCCGGCCACGGACCCGCACUGGCUCAAGCGGAAGAAUGCGGCCCUGGAGUUCUUGGCCACGGUGGGGGACAUGAAGAUCAUUGACCGCAUCAUGGGGAGACGGUACAACGACGCGAUGCUCGCUAUAGAGGGCAAGGGAUUGUUUGUCCACCUCGAGGACGGCUCCCGCGCGGGUAGCCACAAUUCGUCGAGGGGCAUUGCCAUUCAUCAUCAGGUCCAGGGUCGGUGGGCAGCGACAAGUGUGACGGAUGAGCCUAUGCAGAAUGGCCGGUGA